GCCAGCCCCGGGCAGUUCCGGGCUCCAAACUGGAGUCACCGCCGCCCAGCACCAACCCCGGACCCUACAUGGCCUGGGGUCACCGUAGUCCCCUCAAGUUCGCCAGGACUGCUCCCUGCACCGCCCAUCUGCGCCCGCGAUGCCACCUCCCUCUGCUGUGCGCCCCGCCCCGGGGGCGACCCCGGAUCGCCCGCACUGCAUCGGGGAGUCGAGGCCUGGCAGCCCCGUGAGGGACGGCGGUUGGGGAACGGUGGCUGGGAGGCAGACCUGGAGCCUGAGAUCGGAAUGUUUUUCUUCCUGAACUCCCUUCCUCCCCGAGCUCCCUCGCCAUGGAGCAGCUGAGCACAGCAAACACCAGGUUCGCCUUGGACCUCUUCCGCACCUUGAAUGAGAGCAAUCCUGCUGGAAACAUCUUCAUCUCUCCCAUAAGCAUUUCAUCAGCGCUGGCCAUGGUUGUUCUGGGGACCAGAGGCACUACUGCAGCACAGGUGUCCAAGGCUCUUUAUUUCAAUACGGUUGAAGAGAUUCAUUCAAGGUUUCAGAGUCUGAAUGCUGAUAUCAACAAGCGUGGAGCUCCCUAUAUUCUGAAACUUGCUAAUAGAUUAUAUGGAGAGAAAACGUAUAAUUUCCUCCCUGAGUUCUUAGCUUCAACUCAAAAAAUGUAUGGUGCUGAAUUGGCCAGUGUGGAUUUUCAGCAUACUUCUGAAGAUGCAAGGAAGGUGAUAAAUGAGUGGGUCAAAGGGCAGACAGAAGGGAAAAUUCCAGAACUGUUGGCUGCAGGUGUGGUUGAUAACAUGACUAAACUUGUGCUAGUGAAUGCCAUCUAUUUCAAAGGAAAUUGGCAGGAGAAAUUCAUGAAAGAGGCCACAACCGAUGCACCAUUCAGGCUGAAUAAGAAAGACACAAAAAUAGUGAAAAUGAUGUAUCAGAAGAAGAAAUUUCCAUAUGGCUACAUCCAGGACCUUAAGUGCCGUGUGCUGGAACUGCCUUACCAAGGUGAGGAGCUCAGCAUGGUUAUCCUGCUGCCGGAUGACAUUGAGGACGAGUCCACGGGUCUGAAGAAGAUCGAGAAACAAUUGACUUUGGAAAAACUGCGUGAGUGGACCAAACCUGAGAAUCUGGAUCUCAUAGAAGUCAAUGUCCACUUGCCCAGGUUCAAGCUGGAAGAGAGCUAUAACCUCAACUCUCACCUAGCCCGCCUGGGUAUAGAGGAUCUCUUUAAUAGCAAGGCUGAUCUGUCCGGCAUGUCAGGAGCCAGAGAUCUUUUCAUAUCAAAAGUUGUCCACAAGUCUUUUGUGGAAGUGAAUGAGGAGGGCACAGAGGCAGCGGCAGCCACAGCAGGCAUUGCCACCUUCUGCAUGCUGAUGCCAGAAGAAAACUUUGUGGUCGACCAUCCAUUCAUUUUCUUCAUUCGACACAAUCCCUCAACUAACAUCCUGUUCUUAGGUAGACUUUCUUCCCCUUAGGCACUGGAAAUACAAGACCAACCUCAGAGCUUUAUUACCUGCACUUUCAAUGGUGAUAAUUUUCAUAUAUCUUUCCAAUAAAACUACCUUCCAAAA